CAAGAUCCUCAAUUCUGAGCGCUUGAACACAGAAUUGCGAAAGGAGUUUGCCCAAGAUGUUUAAAUCAUGAGAAAAGUUCGUCAUAAAAAUGUUGUAAUGCAACUCAUAGGGGCAUGUACUAGGCCUCCAAACUUGUGUAUAGUAACAGAGUACAUGUCUGGAGGAAGCGUAUAUGACUAUUUACACAAACAAAAGGGAAGUUUUAAGCUUCCUACUUUGCUGAAAGUAGCAAUUGAUGUAUCAAAAGGGAUGAAUUACCUGCACCAGAAUAACAUCAUACACAGAGACUUGAAGGCUGCCAAUCUACUGAUGGAUGAAAAUGAAGUAAGAGAUUAUCUCAUUAAGCACAAUAAUGUAAAUGUUUGUUGUCUAUGGGAUUUGUAG